ACAACACCGACGUUAUUUGGUAGGAGACGGUAGAAUACAAAACCGGAAAUACUUCCAUAGCUUACUGUACGGAUAUUUCCACUCCUCAUUUAAAAGUAAGAUUUUGGCGGAAAAUAUAAAACAUCAUCUGAAGAGGAUAAAACAUGGACCUACCAGAACAUGGGGAAGUUCUUAGCAUUUCAUCGGUUGCAUCUGAUAAUAUGACAUGUAAAGGAAAUGUCCGAGUAACUGGAAGAUUGAUUCAUCACAACUGUAAAACUGGACAAGCUACCCUUUUUGACCCACAGACCAAUUCUUCUGUGUUCAUAGACACUACCCUGACUGAACCUUUAGAGAGUGUAGUUGGCUCUCUAUUUCAAGUCAUUGGCGAAGUGGAACAGCUUGAGAAUGGUGGUGCCAUUAUAAAGGCCAAGAUCAUGCGAUGUGUGGAUGGUUUAGACCUACUUUUGUACAGCCGUGCAUUGGAAAUUCAGCAGCAAUAUAUGCAGUCUAGAUUUUCUGAAACUUUUCAUUCUUGAUGGAACCAAUCAAAUUAACUUUAUAUACUGGUACAUCAGAUCCCCAAUUUUGGUGAUUGCCAUGAUACACAUGUACGUGCAACUUUAUCAUUCAGUGGAUAUUUAAGUGAAUCAUCAUGUGGAGCAAUGGAUUAUUCUUAAUGUUUAGAAGAACUGAGACUGUACCUGCACCAAACAAAGUAUGGACAAUUUACAAUACAUAGUUGUGCAUAUGAUUGUUUUCAAUAAGAUUAGUUACUUAAAAUAAAUGAUUUCAAUAAAAUAUCUGUUCUCAGAUAGUACUGUA